CGCAGGGUCAGGGUGACUAAGGUGAAGCCAUGUGGCAGCUGCUGCUCCCCCUGGCCCUGUGGCCGGGCGCGAUGGGCUUGGGCAGGGAUGAGCUCACGGCGGCCCAGCACCUGGGCCUGCAGGUGGCCCUGGAGGAGUUCCACAAGCAUCCGCCCGUGCAGUGGGCCUUCCGGGAGACCAGUGUGGACAGUGCCAUGGACAUGCCGUUCCCGGCCGGGACCUUUGUGAGGCUGGAGUUUAAGCUCCAGCAGACGAGCUGCCGGAAGAAGGACUGGAGGAAGGCUGAGUGCGAGGCCACGCCCAGCGGGAGAAAGCGGAAAUGCCUGGCCUGCAUCAAGCUGGACCCUGAAGAUAAAGUCCUGGGCCGGAUGGUCCACUGCCCCAUAGAGACACAGGUUCGACGGGAGCUGCAGGAGCGCCAGGAGGUCCAGUGCGGCAGGGUGGAGCGCGCCGGCGAGGACCCUCACGGCCACUACUUCCCGGGGCAGUUCGCCUUCUCCAAAGCCUUGCCCCCCAGCUGAGGCCUGGCCGAAUUGCACCCGGCUUCCUGGAAGCAGCGUGAGGGACGUUAACAAGUGAA